AUGUUAUUUCAUUCAACCCCCAAUGUAUCAGAAUCAUCAGCUGUUUAUCUAAUUGCUGAUGUACUUGGCAAGAAUGAAGAAACUGGUCUACAGUUUUUUGAUGCAUUACUAGCAGCAUUUGAGACUUUUGAUGAACACAAUCGUAAUGCGCCCGGCGAUAAGUUUUCCAAUGAGAUUGAAUACAUUAUUGAAUGUGCAAUAUAUAGUAUUAAACAUGGAAAAUAUCCAGACCGUGCCGAUUCGUUUUUUUACGUUUACCAGAGAAUCCAGGAGUAUGUAAAAAUAAUAAACUCAUCAUCGUAUGGUAAAAGUAUAGAUAAUUUGAAAAAAUGUUUGUUAUUCGAGACACGCCGACUGUUCUCGUCAUCAAAUGGUUUAGAACCAAAUAUGUUGAUACAAGAUAAAAUUUUACUUAAACGAAUCAAGAUACAACAGUUUAUUUCACCAUUGACAGUAGACGAUGAAAAUACUUUAGAAUUAUUUUUAGCAUUGGCAAAACUAUUUUUUCAAGCGUCGAUGUGUAUAAAUGAAGAAAAAGAGCAAAAUCGUUCAAUGUGGGCAUUUGUGCACUUUCCAUUUGAUGUCCAAGCGUAUAUUCAUACGUUAAGCUUAUCGAAACAGAAGAUAGCAUUUGAAGCAAUUUUUGAUUUCGCCGAACAACUACAAUUAAACAAUAGUGAUUUAUGGCAGGGAUUCUUACCAUUAUUUGAACGCGUAUUAAUAUAUAAUCAUUAUGAAAGCAUUGAAAUAGCUGACUUUUUGCAGCACAUAAGCCAAUAUAAUGACCUUUUUCGACAUUAUUAUUCAAUAUUGUCCAACUCCAAUCUCAAUUCUAACACCGCUUGGAAUGUAUUUUUGAUACUAGGUGGAAAAGGCGUUAUCAAUGAUGAUAUUCGAAAACAUACAUAUGAAUUGGUUCAAAAGAAUAAGAACAUUGAGUGUUUCAACACAUUAAUGAAUCAAGCUGUGCAAUAUUUGCCACGCAUAUCGGAUGAAACAAACCGUACAAAAUUAACCAAAGCGUUAGAAAUAAUAUUUGACGAUCAUAUGAAAAAGUUAUCAAGAAAUGAAGGAAAUUCUUCCACAACAGAGUGGAAAUUAAAGGAUCUGUUGUGUACUGCUGUUCAGUUGUCAUCAUUUUCAAAUAAUCCUCCUGAUCAGUUAUGUUAUGUUUCCUUAACAAUCGAAUAUUUAAUUAAAUCAUGUGCGAGUCACAGUAGUGAAAUACCGGCUAUUAUUGCUAACAUCAAUCGCUUAGUCAAAGUCUUACGUGAUUUAAAUGAGAAUGUCUAUCAAAAAUUAGACCCUUCAUUAUUCGUCAAGGAUGGAUGGAUGAGUAAUUUUCUUUUGCCAGUUCCAACUGGAUGGGUAAACAUUUCACGAAGCAUAUAUUACAAUAUUUGUAACCCUCACCAAAACAAUCGAUGGAUUCUGAGUGUUUGGAAACGUAUUGUGACUUUGAGUCUGCUCAAAUUUAAAGCUGAAAAUACGAAAAACAUAUUAAUGGCAUUUGAUCGAUGGUUAAAGGAUAUAGACCGACUCAAAUACAAUAGUGAAGAUCUAUUUACUGUUGUAUUAGUCACAAAUUUAUUCAACACAGCCGCUGCAUUUAUACAACCUUUUGAAUUGUCGAAUAUUGAGCAUAUAACAAAUUAUAUUAUGAAUGUAAGAAAAGAUCUACAGCAUUUACAGACAAUGGUCGAAAUCGAUAUGAAUAACAUUGAUAAAUUCAUUGAAAAUGGUCGCCAGCAUAUUCGAGAUGUUUUAUCCUUGAAUGAUCAUACUGAUAAGAAUGACGGUCGAGUUACAUAA